AUGGAAGACCUGCUGGAAAACCUUGAUGAACAGGACACUGACAUUUUGGAACCAGUGUUGAACGGUGUAUCUGUUGCCAUCCUCACCAUCCUACAAGAUGACGAUCCCGAGAUGAAGAAUAAGGAAGGAAAGGAGGAGAGGCAAGAAGGGAGAAAAAUAAAAGGAAAGGAGGGAGAGAAGGGAAGAGGAAAGGAGAGGGAGAAAAUGGAUAACGCUAACCUGACAACUCGACACCGAUCACACGAGAUGACCGGCUCUAACGAGUACAAGCUGAGUGCGGCGCCGGAGGAUGGGGUGUCGGCGGUGAAGUUCAGUCCCAGCGCCUCACAGUUCUUGCUGGUGUCGUCCUGGGACAGCUCAGUGCGGCUCUACGACGUCACGGCCAACACGGUCCGCAUGAAGUACCAGCACUCUGCACCCGUCCUCGACUGCGCCUUCUAUGACCCCACACACUCCUGGAGCGGAGGCUUAGACGCUCAGCUAAAGAUGCAUGACCUCAACACAGACCAAGACACGAUGGUCGGUAGCCACGAUGCCCCGAUCCGCUGCGUGGAGCACUGUCCCGAGGUGAACGUGAUGGUGACCGGGAGCUGGGACCGAUCUGUGCGACUGUGGGACCCACGCACCCCCUGCAACGCUGGCACUUUCACCCAGCCAGAGAAGGUCUACACUCUGUCCGUGGCGGGGGACAGGCUGAUCGUUGGAACAGCCGGGAGGAGAGUCCUGGUCUGGGACCUGAGAAACAUGGGGUACGUGCAGCAGAGGCGAGAGUCCAGCCUCAAGUACCAGACGCGUGCCAUCCGUGCCUUCCCCAACAAACAGGGUUAUGUGCUGAGCUCCAUCGAGGGCCGGGUGGCGGUAGAGUACCUGGACCCCAGCGCCGAGGUGCAGAAGAAGAAGUACGCCUUCAAAUGUCACCGUCUGAAGGAGGAGGGCAUCGAGAACGUGUAUCCAGUCAACGCCAUCUCCUUCCACAACACGCACAACACUUUCGCCACAGGCGGCUCGGACGGCUUCGUGAACAUCUGGGACCCGUUCAAUAAGAAGCGUUUGUGCCAGUUCCAUCGUUACCCCACGAGCGUGGCGUCUCUGGCCUUCAACAAUGACGGCACGUUGCUCGCCAUCGCAGCUUCCUACAUGUACGAGAAGGGAGACGUCCCCCAUCCAGAGGACGCCAUCUUCAUCCGCCAAGUCACCGACGCAGAGACCAAGCCCAAAUCGACAUGA